ACGCCCGGGCCUGGACGCGCCGCAGACACCUGCCCGGCUCCGCCUGGACCGGAGCGUCCUCCCGCGGCCAGGGCUCGGGCAGCUGCUUCCAGCCUGGGACCGGUCUCGGCCUCCGGCAGGUGAGCGACGGCCCAGGGGGCGGGCGCGGGGAGGGGGCGCCCGGUGGCCCGGGAGCGGCCUGACCGCCACUCCCCGCGCAGAGCGCCGCGGUUCCUGGACAUGAGCGCCCAGGAGCCCCCGCAAGGUCGGAGAUUCCCCAUUGAGGCAGGAGACUCCCCUGGCCUUGCUGCCGCCCCCGAGUCCCAGGACAGCCCGGAGCCGGUAGCGACUGAGCACAACCCGGUCAGGCCACUUCGACGCUGCCCGGGUUGCCACUGCCUGACGCUGCUGCACGUGCCCAUCGACGUCUACCUGGCCAUGGGCGGGAGCCCCCGGGCCCGCGCCACCUGAGUGCGCCGAGCACAGCGGCUCCGCAGGAGCCGGGCGGGGAUGAGGCCCGCCGCGGGCCACCACGCUGAGGUCGCGCGCGCCGAGCACGAGACAAUGAUGCACAUUUUAAAAUAAAAGAAUGAUGCACAUUUUAAUAAAGCACAGCAUAAACUGUUCUUUCCA